CAUAUAUUUGUCACAUAUAGAAAAAGAUCGAUCACUUACGCUACUUAACGGUCAAGACAACGAUCAAACCCUUCAUUUUUUUUUUUUUUCUUUCAAUUAUUUAUUCUCCUACUUUAUUUAUUAAUAUUUAUUCUCCUACACUCAAACGAAAGGAGCAAAAUCAAAAUGAAACAUUUCUCUCUACUUUUCAUUUUGCUGGUCAUCCUCUUGGCAACAAGCUACAGUGAUGCCUUUACCAGAAACAAUUUUCCAAAGGAUUUCCUCUUCGGAGCCGCCACUUCUGCUUAUCAGUGGGAAGGAGCUGUUGAUGAAGACGGAAGAACUCCUAGCGUCUGGGAUACUUUCUCUCACUCUUACAAUAAAGGUAAUGGAGAUAUAACAUCUGAUGGGUAUCACAAAUACAAGGAAGAUGUUAAGCUGAUGGCAGAAAUGGGCUUAGAAUCAUUCAGAUUCUCUAUCUCCUGGUCAAGACUAAUACCUAAUGGAAGAGGACUCAUCAACCCCAAAGGUCUAUUGUUUUACAAGAACCUCAUCAAAGAACUAAAAAUCCAUGGAAUCAAACCACACGUUACACUUUACCACUAUGAUCUUCCUCAGUGUCUUGAAGACGAGUACGGAGGAUGGAUCAACCGCAAAAUCAUAGAAGACUUCACUGCUUUUGCAGAUGCAUGCUUCAGAGAGUUUGGGGAGGAUGUGAAGUUAUGGACUACCAUAAACGAAGCUACAAUUUUCGCCAUUGGUUCUUAUGACCAAGGAAUCUCGCCGCCUGGACGUUGUUCUCCUAACAAAUUCAUCAAUUGUACUACUGGAAAUUCUUCUACAGAACCAUAUCUUGCAGGCCAUAACAUAUUGCUAGCUCAUGCCUCUGCUUCAAAAUUGUAUAAACUAAAGUACAAGAGUAAGCAGAGAGGAUCCAUAGGGCUUAGUAUAUUUGCAUUCGGGUUAUCUCCCUAUACAAACUCCAAGGAGGAUGAAAUCGCAACUCAAAGAGCUAAAGCUUUCUUCUAUGGCUGGAUGUUGAAGCCUUUGGUAUUUGGAGACUAUCCGGAUGAAAUGAAGAGAACCGUGGGAUCGAGAUUACCGGUGUUCUCAGAGGAAGAGUCAGAGCAAGUUAAAGGAUCAUCUGACUUUAUAGGAAUUAUUCACUACUUAACAUUAUAUGUCACAAACCAACCCUCACCUUCUAUCUUUCCCAGCAUGAGUGAAGGCUUCUAUAAAGACAUGGGCGUGUAUAUGAUUUCCGCUGGGAAUUCUUCAUUUCUUGCGUGGGAGGCUACUCCUUGGGGUCUUGAAGGUAUUCUUGAGUAUAUAAAGCAGAGCUAUAACAAUCCUCCAAUCUACAUUCUAGAAAAUGGUAUGCCGAUGGGACGCGUUUCGACAUUACAAGACACACAAAGAAUUGAAUUCAUUCAAGCUUACAUUGGUGCUGUGCUCAACGCCAUCAAGAAUGGAUCGGACACGAGAGGUUACUUUGUAUGGUCGAUGAUUGAUUUGUAUGAGUUAUUGACUGGAUAUACGACCAGCUUCGGAAUGUACUAUGUGAAUUUCAGCGAUCCUGGUCGCAAGAGGACUCCAAAGCUCUCUGCUUCUUGGUACACUGGUUUUCUCAAUGGUACAAUUGAUGUUUCUUCUCAAGAUACUAUUCAGUUGCAGAGAAACAUCUCUGGCUCUUCUUCAUUGUAAUGUAUUUAACCAAAGGAUCCUUGUUUGGUUUAUUUCAUCUAUACUUUUGAGACCAUUAAGUGUAGCAUAGAUUCUCGAAGAUAGUAAACUAGAUAAUGACACUGGGACACAACCCACAAAAGUGACAAAGACAUUAAGAACUUAAAUUUCUAGUA